AUGUCACCCCGCCGUUUGAUAGACACCUUCAUGCGUCGCGCAUCGACGUCUUCCGCGUCGACCUCGUUCUCGUCGUUCGCGCGUUGGUCGUCAAGCGCGGCGUCGCCGCAGCGUCGCUUUGCCGUCGUUGGGAGCGGUCCCGCCGGUAUGUACGCCGCGCUUGAGCUUCCGCGCGCCUUCCCGGGCGCGCGCGUCGACGUCUUUGACCGAUCGCCUGCGCCGUUCGGUUUGGUUCGAUACGGCGUCGCCCCCGAUCACGCGGAGACCAAGUUGGUGACGAACAAGUUUCACGAGACGUUGACGACGCGCGACGAUGUGCGCUUCUUCGGCAACGUAGAGUUGGGCACGGACGUGAGCUUAGGGGAGCUAUACGACAGCUAUCACGGCGUUGUGCUCGCGUGCGGGACGAAUGGGGACCGAUUGUUGGAUGUUCCGGGAGAGUCAGAGAACCGAGGCGUGGUCGGCGCUCGUGCUUUUGUCGCGUGGUUCAACGGCGAUCCCGAACACGGACCGUCGAGCGCGACGCACUUUGCGAUCGAGGAGGCUUUGAUGAAUAGUGUGGAUGCGCACGUGGCGGUGAUAGGGGUGGGGAACGUGGCGUUGGAUUGCGCGAGAAUACUUUUAAAGGAUGCAGAGGCGCUCGCGGGGACGGACAUUUGCGAACACGCGUUGGAGGUGUUACGAGCGAAUCCGGUGCGUUCAGUCUCACUCAUCGGACGACGAGGCGUGGCGCAGGCGUCGUUUUCGCCCAAAGAGCUUCGAGAACUGUUGAAUCUUCCGAGAGUGCGAGUGGUGAUGAGCGACGAAUCCCUCGAGCUCGCGCCCGAGGACGAGCUUGAACUCAAGGAGAGUCGACCACGAAGACGCGCAUACGAAGCCUUCGUCAAACGCGCGAGCGAGGGCGAGUGCGCGACCGCUGGCGGAUGCGCGAAGACACUACACGUGCGUUUCCGAUCGAGCCCGCUCGCGUUCGGCGGCGAUGCCGGCGCGCUGCGUUGGAUGAAACUGGGGAGGAACGAAAUUAUCGGCGAGCCGGGUGCGCGAAAAUCUGUCUCCUCGGGCGAGACAGAGACCGUGCCCACCGCGCUCGCGCUGCGAUCGGUGGGAUAUGCCGCGAAUCCGAUAGAAAUGCGCGUUCAGGAUACGUCCGCAAGCGCGCUUCGAUUGCCGUUCGACGGGCGUCGACGCGUUGUUCCAAACCGUUUCGGUGCCGUGACGCGAGACGCCUCGAGCGACGCCGAGGAAAUCCCUCGCCUGUACGUCACCGGUUGGCUCAAGCGCGGCGCCACGGGGAUCAUCGGCACGAAUUUAACGUGCGCCGAAGAAACGAUCGCGAAGAUGAGUGUUGAUUUCGCCGAGAAUCCACCGAGCGACCCUAUUGCUUCAGGCGUGGACGGACUCCUCUCCGAUCGAGGCGUCCGCGUCGUCUCCGCCCGCGAUUGGUCCGUCAUCGACGCGCUCGAGCGCGGUCGCGGCGCCGAUCGUGGAAAACCGCGCGAGAAAUUCGUUUCCAUCGACGACUUCAUUAACGCCCUCGACGACGCUACGUAG